AAACUCCCUGCUUUGGGCCGCGUGUGCGCGGCUCUGUAUUCUGUAUAAAUAGUCGGCCGGGGGCGGGCAGUGGUGCAAAGUAUAAUUAAUUAUUAUACCAAAGCUGGAUGCUGGCAUUCCUCUUUCGCAGCGCAAGUCAGUGAAGUCUUUAAGGUGAACUGCAGCCAUGUACAAUGGUAUAGGACUCAAUACUCCUCGUGGCUCUGGCACAAACGGCUUUGUCCAGCGGAAUUUGGCCACCCUCCGCUCGAGGCCAGAGAAAGUCAACUACAAGACUGAUGCAGAGAUUGCCAAGCUGGACCGAAUCCUCCAGAGGAAGCCAAACAAGGAGAUACUAGAGCAUGAGUGGAAGAGGAAGAUAGAGCUGGAGUGUGUGCAGCUGCAGGAGAAACUGGAAGAACAAGGGUACAAGGAGGAGGAGGUGGCUGAGGAGGUGAGGGCCCUGCGAGCCUCCCUCUCUAGCAAGCCACGCCCCAUCGACCCAUUCUCCAGUGACUCCCACCAGAUGGCCGAGGCCUCAGAGGCCAAGAAACAGCAGCUGAGGAAUGCCUUUGGCAUCCGCGAGGACUACGUAGAGGGAAGUGCCUUCAGCCAGGAAGCCCAGGCGGAGCGAGCUGCUCAGGAGAAAGCCAAGAGAGAAGAGAAGGCAGAGUUGUACGUCUGUUAAAGUGUCUGUCAUAUGUUUUCUACUCCAUUUGCCUCGUAUCAAGACUCUUUUAGGGAGAAGGAGAACCGUACUG